UUUGGGAAGCGCGGAGUGAGUGCUUCUUGAGUCUGUUGUUCGUCUAUCUGUAAUUUACUCAGCGGUGUUUAAUUCCAGGUGAUUCUGCUUUGACCUCCAUGGGCUUACUUUACACCUCGAAACAGCUAGAAGAGGAACUAGGAGACCGGAGAACAUGCCAUUAGAGAUCUAACUCACAGUUAAUACGAUGAUACUGUUUCUUUUACUUAUUCAUUAUAUUCAUGACUCACAAGCCAGUUUUUACCUCCCUACUCCCGUAAAUGCAACACUGGUGUCCAACAACUUCCAGCACAUAUUGCGUUGGAGUCCUGGAAGAGACACACCACCACAGACAGCCUACAGAGUCAAACGGUGGAGAGAUGGACAUGAGAAAUUGCUUCCGGAGCUCCGUCACAGAAACCACACUAUCGAGGUCUCCAAAUACAUGAAGAAUAUAUACGCAGUCUACACUUUCCAGUUGAGGGCAUUCAUUGGCAACAGAUCAGCUGUGGUCAAUGUCACACCCUCUGACUUCUGUCCCUAUGAAAUGACCACCAUUGGUCCUCCCUCUGUGGAUGUGUUGGGCUGUGGUGAUUGUCUGAACAUCACCAUCUUACUAUGGAAAGGAGAUGGCAUCAAAGGCAAUGAUUCAGAUAUUUACUACAAUCAAAUCCGGUUCAUCCUACACUGGAAGAAAGCAACAGAUGAAAAGGAUGUUAUAAUGAAAAAUCUGCGUCCAUCUAGCCAACAUCAGAAUGCGACAUAUGCAAUGUUUGUGUACAAUCUGGAAAAUCUUCAGCCACUGGAGGAAUACUGUGUGAUGGUGAAACCGGAUACUAAUGUGAACUCCAACACCCUGAGCUCUGGCUGGAUCUGUACCUUCACCAGCACAGUACAACCAAGGGGAGUGACUUUUCUGCUUAGCUGGUCUGUUGGGUCUAUCCUGGUGGGACUAUGCAUCUUGGCAAUUACAACCUGCCUUGCAUACAUCGGGAUUCUCUGCAAAUUAAAAGUGACAGUCCCCAAAGCACUGACAGGUUUUGUUCUUGGCCAUUACGCUUCCCUGGAGGAGGUGUGUGUUUCAGUGGCUGAGUUUGACUGUGGCACAAGGAUGAAUAAACUGAAAGUUCUCCUUCAGUCAGUGGAGGGCACACAGGAGAAUGAAGAGAAGAGUGGCAGUGAGGAGGAAGAGGACGAGGAUGAGGAGGACAGUAGCACAGAGGGUCAUUGUGCCUACAUGGAGAGAGCAAGAGGUAGCAGAGAUUCCUGCACCACAAACAAAGUGCAGAGCUCUGCUAGUACUGCCAUCUUUACGUGUGAGUCAGCAAAUAGUUCUGAGGGAUGUAGUUUUGAGGAUGUGCAUGUACAGGCAGACGAGACCGCACUCUAUCAGUUUCAGCUCCGUGCAGCCAGAGAUGACAAACAGAUGUCCUUAUCUGAUUCCGUGGGACAAAAGCCAAAGCCACCUAAGGCAAAAGAAUUAGAAAAAGAGCAAAUUAAAGAGGAGGCAGAAAGAGGUGGUUUAAGGAACAUCAACCUGUUUUCAGUGACUCUGAAAUCUAUGCAGUUGGAGGAAGACAUGAGUGAGGCUGCAGAGAUGUGUGAGCCACUGUUACCUCUUUUGUUAAAAGACCAACAAGAAGAUACAUCAUCCCUAUUAAAACCACGGAUGGGAAAGCCUCAGUUAUCAGCACUUCAGACACCAGUCUUGUACCAGAAAGACUCAAAGGUGGAUGGACUGACAGGACAAAAAGAACUAAAGGAUUUUUCAGAGAUGAGGUCAGACUGCUUAGACCAAUUGGAUGAAAAGGUCAGCAUGGAAACAGGAUGCAUGCAGACCGGGAACGAGUGCGCAUCAGAGGAAGACGAGGACUUCUGCUCAGACUACUUGGGACGAUGAAGACUAGUACUCUUUUAUUGUGUGUGUGUUUGGAACAGAUGCUUGUAAAGUACUUGAAUAUGUUGUUCCCCCGGCUGUCAUAUUUAAGUAUGUUUAAGAGACAUUUCUGUUUGAUGAGGGACAUAAUAGCAAUUUAUAUGAUGAUUUAUUAGUUGUUGUUUUUUUAUUUUAUUUUUUUAAAUCAUUUUGUCAAAACUCAACACACAAAGGCCAUGCACACAACAUGUAAAUGUCUCAAACUUCUUGACAAGCAUUUCAUCCAAAAUUAUGUCUUGUCAAAAUGUAACUAAUUUUUUUCUCUGCACAUAAAUAUCACAUAGCUCUUUCUGCAUGCCAACUACACACUUAUAUGAUGGGAAAACACCAGUAGAUUGUGUUUGUUGGAUUUUCAGGGCACAGGAGCAGCCAUCAUCAGACUCAGAAAUACAUGCAUUUUCACAAAUAUACAGGCGAUGUAUGCAUAUCCAGUGUAUAUAUAUAUAUAUCUAUAUACCAUAAAAUAAAACACAAUCACAAGGGUCAUGUGAGGAGUGGAGAGUAUAGAGGCAGGUGAAGUACCAAAAAUCAUAGGUGUUCAGUGAACCAGUUGUGCACAGAGCAGUCUGGGGGAAACAUGAGUUGUCCCAGUUGACAAACCUGGUCUGGUCCAGUCCCCUGGUGAUUGGGAAUAAGUAUGUUGUGUAGUGUGUUGUAGGUGAUGAUGCAGGCAGUGCCAUAGGGCCCAAGAGUAGCGUGAUGAUGAACACCAUUAUUCUGAAUAAUGGCUGCACACACUGAUGUUGGCGCCACGCUGCCCAGGGACACUGACGAUGGCAUAGUGUCCUAUGAUGUUCCAUGCCACGCGCCCUGUUUUGGCAAAGUUAAAGCCAGCUUCAUCAAUGUAAAGAACUCAUGUUCCACUGCAGUAACAUCUAGCUUCAUCAAUCUCUGAAACCUCAAGACUCUAUCGUAUUCUGCUGUACUGUACACCAAGGGGCAUGUCAACAUGUUAACGACUAAACAUCUAAAUAGUUUUUAUGUUAGCUGUGUAUAUAGUGUGUAAUGUACAAUCAGUAUUUUUGAGUUAACCGUGUGUUAAUAUUAGGUUAGCAGUAAUGCUUACCUGUAAUGUUGGUACCUAGCUAAUUUAGCACACUUGAAAAUUGUACAAACGUAGCUAAAGUUAGUUUUUAAUGUUUGGUGGUGUUGUCAGCUUUAUGGGGAUGUCUCAGGUCAUUUCUAAUUAAAAGUCAAGACAAAGAUAGACUCAAGCAGGUCACUAAAGGCAUUAAUUACAACACGUUCAGUGGAAUAUAGCCAAAUGCCCAUUUAGAUAUGUGUGUGCUUGCAUGUAUUAUAACUUAUUCUGUAUUCAGUUUUCUCUUCAGUAGGUUCUCCUGUCCUCCCUCCUAUAAUUCCUAUGGUAUGCAUGCCACUCUCACUCCGACCUUGUUUGUGAACAGGAAAGACUUUUACUCUGUUGAUAAAGUAUGAACUAGGCAGAUCGACGUUUGACUCUUAAGGCACUAAUUCUGAUUGAUUAUUUAUUUCUCAAUUUAAUUUGUCUUAUGACUGAGAUGAUCAAAGUCUGAUUAUAACUCAAAUCUUGACUCUGCAUCUGAUGCAAAAGCCAGCAAUUGCAAGGGAUCUGUCCAUUGCUAUGCUAUGGCUAGACAGAAAUGGGAUGCUGUUCCAUGAGCAAGUGACAGAGCUGAGAAGUUUGCCUAUGAUUGAGGAGGGUCACCAGAAAGCCCUCAGUGAGGUCUUGCAGGGAGAUGACUGAGAAGCCAAAGAGCCCUUCCUGUUUAUUUUUGAACACAGAGAGGAUACGGAGCUGUUUUUGGCAGGCUUGUCUUGAUGAGCAGAAGCUCCAGGUCAACACCAUGUUCACUUUUACAUACCUCCCUUCUCCCCAUAGUGUCUUAGGCACAGACACUAGGCUUCAGUGUCCCCUACCACACACUGCCUGAGCUUUUGUUUCAAAUUGUCCUCUAUAUGUUGAUAAACAAUUGAAGAAAUAAUAAUCUACACAAUUUAUUUGCUUUUUUACUCAAGGAUUUGUUGUUUCCAUGUGAUCUUGAGUAGACAUUGUGUUGGUGAGGUCAAUAUAUGAAUAUUAUGGGAAAUAUUGAGGGUGAUCAUUUGAAUACUUUGGGUCCACUUGAAACUUAUUGAGAGUGGAAAAAUAUUUAAAUAUAUAAAAUAGUGGUCACAUCCUGUCAAGUGACAUGACUGUAAAGCUGGGUCUGAGGAACACUGGGAGUUGUAUGUGAAGAUUUUUUUUAGGCUGACAAUCUUUACUUUACAUUGUGCACUUAAUUUGUGCAUGUUUUGUCCUAAUGAAUGCAUACUUUACAGUAUGGAAAUAUUAAAUAUUAAGUUUUAUAUUUAUACUUUAUGUUGAGUAGAGUUAGGGUAUUUCUAUUACUUGUAAAAAGUGUUGACUUUGAGCAUUAAACAUUCAACAAUU